GCCUCAGAUGACAGUGGAAGCAUUGACAUGUACAGAGGAAGUGAUGCAUGAUCCUGCUCAGACAGGAGCCUCCUGAACACGCAGCGGUCCGAGGAACUGCUGAGUCACGGUUUUCUCCCAAGUAUCAGGAUGAUCUAACGACUAAAAAAGUGGCGUUCCUGCUGAGGUGGUGGCUGCUGUUGACAUCAACACCAUGGCCAAUCAGAUCUACAAACACAACUUCCCUGACACACGGCUCUGGAACAAGUCCAUUGAGGGGCUGACCCUGGAGGACUUUGAUGCCCUGUCUGUCGACAUGGUGAUGAUGAGCCCGCCCUGCCAGCCUUUUACCAGGAUAGGACUGCAGGGAGAUGUGAGUGAUCCCAGAACCAAGAGCUUUCUCCACAUCCUCCAUCUUCUGCCCAGGCUGCACAGGCUACCUCGCUUCAUUCUGCUGGAGAAUGUGAAGGGCUUUGAGACGUCCACUGCCAGAGAUCGAUUGAUAGACACUCUGACCGAGUGUGGAUACUUUUUCCAAGAGAUUAUGGCCUCUCCCACAAGUGUUGGAAUCCCAAAUUCUAGAUUGCGAUACUUUCUGAUUGCUCAUCAUUCAACAGAAAACCUCCGGACAGAUUCAAAGGUGUGGGGUGUGAGCACACAUCCAGCUGAGGACGACUCGGCCUCAGAGUCGAAUGCAGCCUGUCCUAGGACCACUGGACCUGAGGAGAAGGGGAGCAGAGGACCGGUUCUGUAUAAGCUGGAGACGGAGAUGCAGCUUCAGAGGAAGGCGACUCAGGACAACAAUCCAGAUGUCAGGCAGAUACGAGACUUUUUGGAACCUGACUCUCAGGUGAAUGUGGAGGAGUAUUUACUUCUUCCUAAGACGUUGCUGAGGUACAGUCUCCUGUUGGACAUCGUUCAGCCCACAUCCAGAAGGUCUGUCUGCUUCACCAAAGGGUAUGGGAGGUAUGUGGAAGGAACAGGCUCAGUGCUGCAGAGCUGUGUGGACUCUGAGGUCCAGAGUGUGUUCACAGAGCUGGAGCUGCUCUCUGAGGAAGAUCGACUCCAGCAGCUGAUGAGUCUCCGGCUCCGUUAUUUCACUCCCAGAGAAGUGGCCAACCUCAUGUGCUUUCCUCCCUGCUUCUCAUUUCCAGAGCACAUCUCCACCAUCCAACGGUACCGCGUGUUGGGAAACAGUCUCAAUGUCCAACUGGUGGCCAAGUUGGUGCGGUUGCUGUUUUCCACACAGCCAACUUCCAGCUGUGUGAACUCAAGCAGCACAGCUCCACAAGCCCCAGAACCAGGGCCCGUCUCUCCUGAGGAAACGCCAGCAUAUCAAAAGGAAAGAGACAUCUUGUAGUAGUCGUCCUGUGGGCUUCAUCAUGGCACAGUCCAGUGUGAAACCAUUGUUACCAGCUCUGCCGGUGUCCAUGUACUAUUGUUUUAUGAAUGAUGAGUUUUCAUACGAGGACUCUAGCAAUCCAUCUUCAUCAUUAAGGAUCUCAUCAUCACAGCCCCGGUUCUGCUCCCCUUUGUUUAGUCAAUGUGGUGAGGGACUUAAACCUUCCUGCCUCAGGGGGCUCUGUUUCCUCCAAGCUUACAUUUACUGUUACUCACUUUAUUUCUGAACUGUAGUUGUUGUCCUCAAGGGCAAACAGAAAUGUAAAUUGAUGUGGAUCUAUGAAAGAAUGAAUAGAUUUAAUGAAGAAAAACCUACAAACACAGAAGAAGAGACUUUUGUUUCGUUUUUCCCUGAAAUUUCACGUCAAACUCAUUUUGUACUUUUGUAAUGACACAUUAAAAUGGAAAGAAUGCUCUGACUUUCUGGAACACA